AUGGGCAAACGAUUCCAUUGCGAUUACUGUGACAAAUCAUUCCCAGACAACCUUGUCAACCGAAGGGCUCACUUGAAUGGAGUACAGCAUCAACAGGCCCGUAAAUUACACUUCGAAAAUUUCCUUGGUGUAUGUGACUAUGGCAUAAUGUGCCGCUACUCCCAUAUGACUCCAGAAGCUUUGCGGCAGUUGGAAGACGCGGCGGGUAAGAAGACUUGUUUUUCUUACUUUGUAAUAGAGAAUGAACUAUCCGCUAAACGUGCUGUCCUUAUGAAUGUGGCAGAUCAAAUCGGUGCACUAGAAGCGCUAGUACAAAAACGCCGACGGGAAGCCAUUGAUUUAGCAUCCGGUUUAUACCGACUGAAAGUUCCUUAUGGGUAUGAGGAAUCGAAACUUCCACCCUCCUUGUUCUUUUUACAAGCAGAUAAGAAAGCGCUAUAA